CGGAACAGCCUGCUCGUGAAAUUAACGUGCAAGUGGCUGAGCACUCCACAGACACGUGUAUCCUUAACGUAGUUCUCGGGGAUAUUCAGUGUGACAAGGCUGACCCUUUGAAAUACGGGCACAACAGAAACAGGAAGUAAGAGUGAGAGAAAGUUGUGGUGAAAGAGUACAGCAGGGUUCGCCACCAUCCCCUGCCGGAGCCUCGUGGAGCUUUAGGUGUUUUCGCUCAAUAAACACUCACAACGCUCGGUCUGGGAAUCGAAACCGCGAGUACGCUGCCCUAACCGCUGGGCCAUUGCGCCUCCACAAUUAGUGCGUUUAACAAGUUUAAAUUAGUAAGCCUGUUACUCCCUCUAUCGGAGAAUGAAGGAAAUACAUAACAUAUAAAGGGGAACAACUUCACGCCGAGUGUCAAUAUUAUUGUUGAUCGAUCGCCGAGUGACUCAAUUAGAGGAACGGGUCAAACCCUUUACCCUUUAGUUUGACCGAUGGAUCUUCGUACGGCGAGCUACGUUAGUGUUGGUAACCGUUUCAAAUCCCAGAAAUGCUGGCAGCAGGAAGAGGUCAGAACGAUGCUGUUGGCAUGGAAACUGGCUGAAGGAGCGCCACUCAACACUCUCAUUGCAGACUCCCUGGAGACUUUUGGUUUCCAUCGAAUAUACCCUGUUUCUCCCUCUCGCGGGGGAUUGAGGAACAACAUGAUGCAUAAAGGGGAACAACUUCAUACAGAGUUCGAAAUAAUUGUCAAUCGGGCGCUGGAUGACUCUAUUGGAGGAACGACAAUAUCACAUGACAUUGGCAUCAAAGCAUCAUUUCCAUCAGAUAACAUCAUCAAUAUUCAUCACCUUUUAAAGACUGACAGAAAAUAUUGUACAGAAUUCCAGUGAAAUAUUUCUUCUCAACUGAGAUUGAUAGCAACAUUUCUCUUGUGAAAUAUUUGGAAUGUCUACAAGAUUCUUUUGUAAUGAAGUUGAACUUGGAUAAUUUUAAAUUGUAUCUGAGAAUAUUUUCAGACAUUAAGAAGGAUUCCUGUUGAUGGAAAGAGAGCAAUAGCAGUAUUUAUUAGGAAUAAUCUGUAGGACAAGAACAAAAACUGUAUCCACAUAUGUUGUGUUGAUUGAAGUAAGAUAAUGGAUAAAUUGAUUAUUUAAGAUAGUUGAAGAAUAUAUUCUUAUUCUGAAGAGAUGUCACAAAAGAAACCACAAUCAACAUAUCACUGUGAUAUCUGUGGUAGAUCAUUCUCCCUAAAUGGUAACUUAACUAAGCACAAACGUAUUCACACAGGAGAGAAGCCAUUUCAUUGUGGUAUCUGUGGUAAAUCUUUCCCUCGGAAUAGCCAUUUAGCUGUUCACAAACGUAUUCAUACAGGUGAGAAACCAUUUCACUGUGAUAUCUGUGGCAAAUCAUUCUCCCAGGUAGGUGGCUUAACUAUACACAAACGUAUUCAUACGGGAGAGAAGCCAUUUCAUUGUGAUAUCUGUGGCAAAUCAUUAUCUCAGGGAACUGCCUUAACUAUACACAAACGUGUUCAUACAGGAGAGAAGCCAUUUCACUGUGAUAUUUGUGGUAAUUCAUUCUCUCAAAUAACUGGCUUAACUGUACACAAAUGUAUUCAUACAGGAGAGAAGCCAUUUCGCUGUGAUGUUUGUGGUAAUUCAUUCUCUGGAAGUAGCUAUCUAACGAUACAUAGACGUAUUCAUACAGGGGAGAAACCAUUUCACUGUGAUGUCUGUGGCAAAUCAUUCUCUCGGGGAACUGCCUUAACUGUACACAGACGUAUUCAUUCGGGGGAGAAGCCAUUUCGCUGUGAUAUCUGUGGUAAAUCAUUCUCUCAAAACAGUCACUUAGCUAAACAUAUGUCUAUCCAUACAAAAGUGUGACUAUGUCAUUAUCAAAUUCAUUGCACCUCUUUACAACCAACUAUUUAACAUCUUUUUCCAGAUAAAUCACAACUUAGCCCUCUGGCCUUAACAGUAAUCUGUAAAUCCUUCACGUUAAUCACACUCAGAAUCGUUCUUUUUUCAGGUACUAUUUUCUUAGUACAUUCUAUGUUUGUAACCUCUUACAACAUACAGAGAUAUGUUGUUCUGUUUAUAUCCAGUUUUACUCCAGUUUAUACUGUCAAAUUUGGUUCUAAAAAUCUUUGUCUUAUGUAACCAUAAAUAAAAAAUAUCUCAUAUAACCACA